AUUCUCAGAAUGGCAGCAGCCUUCCUUGCUCCUAUCACCCGUAUCAAUUGUCGAAAUGAAAGAGAACGAAGACCAGGAGCAUCUUCUUGCGAAGGGAGAUGAAGGAGUGCAAUCGGUUGAUUGGAAUGAUGGCCUCGACAUAAUUCCCGCCAACAAAAGGAGUUUCUACGUAACGUUGAUCCUACUCAUGGCUUCUCUCCUGGCGAACAUUCUCUUGCUUCUUUGGCACGGCAGUCCACCAAAGUGCCCUCCCGACCUCGGGAAGAGUCCAUAUAGCGGAAAUACCUUCGACACUUUGGUCCCGUACCACUCCUUUACAAAAUAUUGGAAUCCAAAGGUCAAUGAAAGCUUUGCAGAUGAAGCAUGGGAUGCUUUAGACACUAAUCCCAUAGCUGUCGCUCUUCACGAUGAUCACGCAAAGCAACUUGGGUUGGCUGAUUCAACUCGGUUCCCGUGGGAUACCGAACGCAGCGUGUACUAUCUUAAAGGUCUUCAUGACCUGCACUGCUUGAAACUGAUUCGCAAAGCCAUCGUCUCAACUCAACGCGGCGAGAAGCAUGAACUCACCAUUGAGCACAUCCUUCAUUGCCUGGACGGUCUCCGACAAGACAUCAUGUGCACAGCCGAUGAUACGCCAAUGCCAGCUCCAAAGUCCCAUAACAUUGGAGACGGCCAGAUUCGACGAUGCCGAAACUGGGACAAGAUGAUUGCUUGGGCCUCUAGCCCAGACCAGAACGCGUGUCACCAAUUUGACGACUAUCGUGAGGCCUCAAAUACUCUAGAGUUAUUUGCCUUCUGUCCAGAACAUUCACCUUAUCGGCCCAUUAUGGAGGCUUACUUUGACUACCAUGGGCAUAAAGAUGCGUACGAAGUCAAUGACGGAGAGGCCUUUCGGCUUCGAUAG